AUGAAUACUUCAAUGAAGAACCUAUUCUUAGAAUAAGAAUUUCUAUUAUUAUUUGAAUCCAUUAAAUUAAUCAAAAAAGAUUACAAUUAAGACAAGGACUAACUUGAUUUGAUUCUAUGGAUAACGAGUAGACAAACAUAUGAUGUAUAAUUCUAAAUUCGUCUUUAUCUAAAAGAGUAAAAAUAUGAGUUUAUCAACCAGAAGAUUCUAAGAUAUCCCAAAACGUUUGAUUCCUGCAAAUAUGUUGUAUUAACUGAAGAAGAAAUCAUUUUAGAUUGUGGAUUGACAAGAUAUUUUUAUGAUAUGUAAAACUCUGACUAUCUUUUUGAUCCCGUAUACUCAACAACAUCACUUGUUUAAAUGGAGGUAUUAAAUAGUACACAUUAUUUAUUUGUUAAUUACCUUUCUAAAAAUCAGUCAUAUGUAUUAUCUGUAGGGAAAAGAGGAGGAUAUAGAUUAGAAAAGUUAUCUUAAGAUAAUAGCAAAUCAACAUCUCUUGAAUUUUAGGUUUUUUAUGAUGAUGUAAUAGCGAAAGAUAAUAUUACCUUCAACCUUGAAGUUAUUUAAACAAAUAUGGAUUAUAAUGAAUUUUGUUAAUUAAACGUUGUGAUUUUAUUAAUGAUCUUUUUGAUAUUUCUGGCAACUAUAGGAAUCUAUAGAAAAUGUAAACAAAAACAGUCAAGGAAAGUGAUCAGAACAGAAAUUUCAUUAGUUGAUAUUAAUAUGAGGAACCAUUCAAAAAUUUGA